CUUGUUCAAAAAAACUCAAAUUUCUAUCAACAAUUACAUACAGAAGCGCAUCUUGAUAUCAAACUUUCGAAACACGAUCGGUUGAGCCCUGCCGGUACCUGUGAAUGGGGCAGGCUUGCAUGCUUUGUUGAGGCCAGUACCUAUUGAUGCAAUGUUUGAGUUCAUCUCGAGUCUAUUGUUAGAUCAGUCUCCUCCAACGUCCCGCAUCGAAACGAAAAAGUCGGUGACAAUAUCAAAUCCCUUGAUCCUUGAAUUUUUCUUGUUUUUGUUUAAGUUCAUCUCGAAUCUAUUGUUAGAUCAGUCUUCAUCCAACGUCCCGCGUCGAACCGAAAAAGUCGGUGACAAUGUAAGUCCCUUGAUCCUUGAAUUUCUCCAUCGUCAAAGGGAUUGCAGAUCACCCUCACGUCUGUGCGCCCUCAUGCAGAGCAUCUAUAGGUUCCAUCCCAUCCUUUUAAAUCCUCUAGCUGCAUCAUGUGCGAGCAUUGCGGAUUCCUAUUGUCCAACCCGCCGAUCAGAUCUGGCCUUGUUUGCCUCGCUCUCCCCUCGUGAUCAAUCGCCAUGUUGGGCAAGAUGUGCUAGCUGCACGGGCUUCCUAUUGUCUGAAGACGCAAGCGCGACUUUUUUUUUUGUCUGAUCCUCAAGGGGGCGUGGACUUAGACGGGGGAGGGGUGUCUUUUGGCGUUGAUAGUUCAAGCCAAGCAGAGCCAACGUCAACAUGCUUGAAUCUCGUUAUUCCAUAGGCGAGAGAGAGCAUCCUUGUAUA